AUGACAACCCUCACGGUACUCCCUGAAAAUUAUGCCAUUGCCCUUAAGCUUAUCGACGAGGCUCAUGCCCAAGACCCUAACACCACCCCCGGCCCUGAUGGGGGCCCCAUCCCCUAUGAGCUUCACUACGCUCAAGAGAUGACCCGCUGGCUGGCCAUUCACACACCCGAUGCAUCACCUGCAUUGCAGCUAGCUUGUCGGGCGCAGCACUUCCGUCGCUGGGAACUCCCCCGCUCCUCCUAUCCCAAAACUCGCUCUGGCUAUCUCAUGUGGCGCGCCAAAGCCAAGUCUCUGGCCGCUCAACACCUCACAACCCUCCUCUCCUCCCCAGCUAUCACCCCCCCCAUCCCCGAAUCCGAAAUCGAGUACAUCGCUUCGCUCGUCAGAAAGGAAGGGCUACGCGCUACAUCUACGAAACCCAGAGAUAGCAUUGAAACUGCGCCCUCUCAACAAGAAAUCGACGCCCAGGCCGUCGAGGACGUAGCCUGCCUGGUGUUUCUGACUCAGCAGUUCGAGUCGUACUCGACAACGGGAAACGGAGCAGCGAUUGAUGACGACAAGUGGGUGAAUAUAUUGCGCAAAACGUGGGCAAAGAUGGGGGAGAGGGGAAGGGAGCUUGCGUUGGGGGUUGUAGAAGCGUUGGGGGAGAGAGGGAAGAGAUUGGUUGUGAGGGCUGUUAGUGGGGAUGAGAAGGGGGAGAAUUGA